UACCCCAAAUAAAUUUAUUCAGUGGUAAUUAAUAUUGAGAGCCAAAGUGAAAUACGCGUUCUUAAAUUGGUGACCUUCAGUAUCAUAUCGGUCACGUUUUCAUCCAUUUGACUCAGAUUCGAUGCGAUACGAAAUCCACAAACACGUGCUUUAUCAAAUGCACAAGACCGUCUUUUCAUAUUUCACACGAUGCUACAUAGUGUGUACUGCAUGCGAUUGCAACACAAAAUGCCAAUUUUUUAAUAGAUUAUUUUCUUGUUUUCUAUAAAAUAUAUCAACGAUCAAACUACUAAAUUUGUAGUAUCAAUUGUAAUACUAAUAAUUUUAUGAAUAUCGAUAUCUCCUGUAUUCCCGUUUCUCAAUUGAAGCGUUGUUAUAUGAAAAUAAUACAUUUGCAUAGUUAAAUAAACUUAUUAGUAGAGAAAUUCACUCGCGCUAUCUCAAAAUUUGUUUCUGCACUGUUUUGAAUAACACGCGGUUACUGAUCGAACGUGCAACACGACGCGACUUGAAAUAUUUCGAAAAAAAUAAAAGAAAAUUGUAUUGUGCAUGCAUUGUGUAGUUAGCUAAUAGUUGCGCGCGGGAUAGAAAAUAAUACUCUUGUGGCGCGUUAGUCAGCCGAGACCCGUAGUAUGUGCGUUGCCAUCAGAACGAAAACACUGCAUAUGCAAUGUUUCAUAACCUCGUUAUUUAGUUUUCCUCUAAACGGAAUAUUUGCGCGCGGGUCAACAACAAAAUUAAACAAUGGAGACGAAAAACGAGGAUAACGAGUUACUUGCCGUUGUUAACGAGUCGAAUGCCGUUACAGAUUCUGAGGUCUCGGUGCUUUACAAAUCGAACGGCACGAAACUGCUGAGCAACAACGAUGGCGAGAGGAGUAGUUCUAGUGAAAGGGUCACUGAAUCUUCAGAAUGGACACCUAUGCUGAUUCUUGCUGGUGCAACGUGUUGUUUUGGUUCAGCAUUACCUGCUGGGUACAAUAUUGGAGUGAUGAACAAUGCUGCAGAGAUUAUGAUAUCAUUUUGUAAUGAAAGUGUUGAGGAACGAUAUGGUAUUAAAAUAAGUCAAACUAGUUUGGAUACCUUAUGGUCAACUAUUGUAUCAAUUUUCUUGAUUGGAGGUGUCACAGGAUCUCUGACAGCAACUGUAUUUGCCAAUAAACUAGGAAGAAGAUUUGCUUUAGCUACAGGAAAUAUAUGUGGCAUCAUUGGAGCCAUAAUGCUCUUUCUAGUACAAAUUUUAAACUCUAUUGAGUUAUUUUUACUAGGUAGAUUAUUUGUUGGAUUCUCUGGAGGCCUUGCCACAAGCCUCUUGCCAACUUAUAUGACAGAAGUGGCUCCACUUAAACUGCGUGGUGCUGUUGGUGUCCUCUGUCAAUUAGGAAUUACUUGUGGUGUGCUAUUGGGUCAAAUUAUUUCUUUGAAUUCUGUGCUGGGCACAGAAGAUCAUUGGCCUUACAUGUUGGCUGCUUUUGGACCUCUAUCUUUGAUUGCAUUCGUACUUAUUUUUAUUUUGCCCGAGAGUCCUAAAUAUCUUUUUGUUAUUGCCGGUAGACGCGAGAGCGGAUUGCGAGCUCUGAGUAUGUUUCGAAAUAAGGACAGGAUACAUUUGCAAUCGCAAAUAAAUGAUUUGGAAGCAGAAUUAGCUGCCAAGUCAUCGGAUAAGUCAUGGACUAUAGCCCAAGUUCUUAAAGAGCCGACUUUAAAACUGCCUGUGAUGCUAGUUUCUCUUUUACAAUUUGGCCAACAACUUAGCGGAGUAAAUGCCGUAUUUUACUACUCAAAUGUGAUAUUUAAAGCUGCCAAACUGGACAUUGAAACUUCGCAAUAUGCAACUAUAGGCACUGGUGUAAUUAAUGUGCUAAUGGCUUUGAUCUCUGUUCCUGUGAUGUCACGUUUUGGAAGGAAAGUUCUCUUGUUUAUAAGUGCUUACACGUCUAUAGUAUCUUUACUUGUGCUUUGCGUCUCGAUUGUUUUUAUUAAUAUUGCUGCUAUGCAAAUAAUAAGCAUAAUUGCUGUACAAGCCUUUGUACUAUUCUAUGGAAUUGGACUUGGGCCUAUUCCGUACUUUAUUGGUUCAGAAUUGUUUGAUGUUGGUCCAAGAUCUGCAGCAAUGUCCAUAGGAAGUAUUUGUAACUGGGGAGGCAAUUUCGUUGUUGGAAUGACGUUUCCGCAAUUACAAAAGCUACUCGGACCAUACUCUUUUCUAGUCUUUGUUGGAGCUAUUUUAUUCCUGAUAAUAUUCUGCAGGAAAUAUCUGCCUGAAACGCGAGGUAGAGCUACAACCGAAAUUGCGGCAACCUUGACUCAAGGAUUGAAGUCACGACCGAAUGAGCCGGCAGCUGACUUAAACAGCACAUAAGUAUAAGUCAGGAUUCUUGAAUCCAGUUAUUUUUUAGGCAAUCAUGUGAAAGUUACUCAAAACAGUAUCCACAAAAAACAAAGUAUUUUUUUAUCAUGUACGUUAAAUCGCGUUCACGGGAACAAAGGAAAGCUUGAUUACGUCUGCUUCCAUCUCGUAUAUACUUUUGUAAUUGAUCUACCGUCUCGACAUUUUGUUACGAUUUUAAUUUAUAUUUGUAUACAUAAUUAUGCUUAACGUUCAACGACGAACACGAAUCUCUUUAUUGUACAUAUCACGACAAUUAGUGAUCAACGAGUUCUAUUUUUGAGAAAUGUCUGUUUUAUAAUUGUGAUUUUAAUGUACGUUGGGUGGUGAAACAUACGUAUAAAGCGCUUUUAAAAA